AUGGGCCAUACAACAGCUACAAAUGAAAAGCAUCAUGUAUCAGUCAAGAACACAGUUCCCAAGCGGAUGACCUCUUUUUCUAAUUUAUCACAACAACCGGUUAAAAAUAGUUACCUGGGAAAGAUGGAAGCUGAUGAUUUAACUCCUACGAUCAUAGCAUCUAAACAAUUAUCUGACAACAAAUCCCUGCUUGCCAAAGAAACUUUCAACAAGAGUCAGGAUUGCAACGAUAUUUCCGAAAUAAUUUCUAACAACCACUCUAAUUCUAUAGAAACAGAGAUUGGAGACAAAUCUUGCAACUGCGAUUCUCCAAUCUGUGAGGCACAUAUGGAUAAUGACUUACAGGUGUUUUUUGAUAAAUAUAGAAGAGAUGUGCCAAAUUUUAUUAUUCUCUCUAGUGACUCCUCUCCAGAAAUGGAAAGUUUCAACAAACGUUUUCAUACAAACGAUAAACUUGUUUAUAAGGGGAAAGAGAAAGUUUCCAACAGCUUUGAAAUCCCAGAGAAUGAAUGUAUAUCUGAUCUGCCUGAUAUCACUCAUUCUUUUGUGCCGAGGGAGUGUUCCCCGUCCAGCCUUGAAGACAGUUUAAAUAAACACGGAGUCAGUUUAACCUUAAAAGACAUCAAGAAAACUAAAUGUUUACAGAAUGAUAAGGAGACAGAUAGCCUUGGUUCUACUAUUAUUUUUUAUCCAGUUUGCGAAAAUAUUACUGAUGCACCCAAAUCAGAUAAAGUGUGCACAAUGACUCAUAAACAAAACAUCAACAACUAUGCUGAAACUGUCUGUCCAGUUAGCCAACAAAAUAGGAGAGAUAACUUAGAAUAUGAAUAUUUCCUCCUUGGCAAACAUGAAAAAACUAAAUACCUGGACUCCCCACAUCUUUCACUGAAUACAUCAGAGAAUCUGCAUAUUGGCAUGGAAAGGGCAGAUCUAAGAAGUGAAAAUAUCACAUUUACAGGUAUGAUCGAUGGGUGUUCAAUGGAAGGUGUAUUAAAUGAGGCCCUCCAGAGAAAGGAAGAUUCCAGAAUGAUUACAAGUAAAUCACCUGUUUCUCCCAGAAACUUUAAAGGAGGAAGUCAACCCCUGAAAGUAGGUUAUAAAAUAUAUCCAGGGAAAGAAAGUGAUCAUUAUAGAUUCGCAGAUUCAUUGUCUGUUGCGGGCAUUAGUCAUGGUAACAUUAAUCUGUCCAUCCAUACUCCAACAAGUACAUGUGAGGCAACAAGUGGACAAAUGUCAACCACAUGCCUUAUAACAAAGUCACAAGAAAAAGAGUGUGCUACUGAUUCCUGUAAAUUUGCAGAUCCAUCGGCUACUUUGUUUGUUAGUGAUGGGGAUCUUAUUCUGCCCAUUCAUACUCAAGCAGGGGUGAUAGUUGAUUUUGUUGAUGUUGUUCAAAUGCUUCACAACUAUAAGAAUUGUGUAGGUAAGAACGAAAGUAAUAAACUUAACCACCGAAACAUGACUGAGGAUAACAGUUAUAUCACAAUAAAUAUAGAUAUUCAAGGCAACAAUUGGCAAAAGAGUACAUUUGACGGCACAGAAGUGUCUGCCAUUCUUGAAAAAAUUGCUAUAGAGGAAAAUAAAGAAUUGCAUAUGAGCCAAGGAAACUUCACUUUAUUUCAGAAAGAUGUAAUUGGAAGUGGAUAUUAUGCAAUGGUAAAUCAGACAGAAAUCAUUAGGAAUCCAGGACAUUUGAUGGUGGAUCAGAAACGUGGAAGUAUUAAGCCGAAUUUGCAAGGGCAUUAUGCAGAAAAUCUGUCGAAUCACAAAUAUUUUGAUAUAUCGAAAGAAAAGGUCUCAUUCUUGCAGGAAGGCAUGCAUCUAAGUAUCAUGGCGAAUGAAGAAAUGAUGGCGAGCAGUACUGUAAACCUAGAACACUCAUCGGUAAUCAGCGAAAACAGUAUUAAUCAGAUUAAUACUUCAAGUCAGAAAGCUUUACGUGAACGGCAGAUUGAAACUGUUGGUAGAAAUGUAAUGGAAAACGACAAAGUUGUGAAUAUAAGUGCAGUCGCCAAUGAAGAAAGUAUAAAUUUUAGUCAAGAUUUGGAUUUUAUUCUAAAAAACAUUAAGAAUAGGGCUGAGACUCACCAGGAAGUCAUUAUGAAUUCUGAAGAUAUCGGAUAUCAGAAUAACCUUUUGAAUAACAAUACAAAACAUCAUGACCAUGUGGAAUAUAAGAAUAAUGCUCUUCAAGACUCUGCAGUUCACAUUUUUGGCGAAGAACCUGACGAUCAGAAAAACACUAAAAAACAAAGAACUCUAGUAGAUAUUGUGAACCAGGAACUUGCUGGAAAAAAGGAAACUACAACAACAAGAGUCAGUAUUUUGAAUUUUGAAAAACAAACAAACAUAGAAAGCAUACAUCUGAAGCAGAAAAGUGUGAUGGUGAAUAUAGAGGAUAAAGAUAUAAACAUUAAAUUUGAAGGAAAUGAAAAAGUCAUGGUAAGCAGGCAUGAGGAAAACCUUAUCAUCUGUAAUAUGGUUCUGAAUAAUAAUACGGUUAUUCAUGACAGAGUUGCAGUAGCAAGUGUGUGUAAAAUGAAAACCGAAAGUAAUGAUGGAUAUUUUAAAAAUGGAUUGCUUGAAAUGAAUAAUGGAACUGAUGUAGAAUUCCCACACCCCAGAUCUACAAAUGCUAUAUCUAAUAAAUCUGAGGUUCAGGAUCAUGACUUUAUAGCCUCAGAACAUGGCAAAGAACAUAAUGAUAUUAUAGUCUCAGAACAUGAGAAGGAUAAAACACUGGCGAACGUAGGCAAGAUACAAGAUGAACUAUCUUAUGAACCACAUUGUAUCACUUUUUCCAAAAGAGAGGGAGGGAUACCGCAAGAAGUUUCCAAGUUCAAAGCUUCCAGAAGCACUUUAGAUGAGACAAAACAUGGUUUUACACAUAAAGAACAGUACUCCAAUGUCAUUUUGACGAACUCAAAAGAACCAUCACGUGUAGCUACCGUGUCGCCAGUCGAGCCAAGCGAUAAUUGUCAGCUUGGCCUUGUUCAUUGUGUAAGUAGUGAAAAAUCUGCAGCUGACAACGUCAUUGAUCAGAGCACACGGUCGAGGCGAUACCGAUUAAAAGGACCCUUGACAUUAGAUGGGUCCAUAAGUACUAGUUAUCAUCCAACAUGGAAGCAAAAAUAUCUUGGAACUGUACAGGAUAUUAUCAACGAAACAUUUAUGAUAUACAGAAUGAAGGAAAGUAAUUGGCAUCAUGGGAGAUUAAAGAUACCACAAGAAACUGAAGAACUAGCUCUGAAUGAUCAUGAAGGCAAAUGUCAUGUUGGAACAUUGCCUGAUAUAGACAUUUGUAAUUAUAAAAAUGUACAGUCACAAAGUGACCAAGAGCAUGUAACAAAAAAAGUCGAAGUGAAAGUAGGUAAAGGACAGAUACAGAAAGAAAAUCCUAGGGUGCAUAUGAUGUGCCAAACACAGGGCGUAUAUGAACGAAUGGAACUUCAUUUACAAAAUAUCCAAAAGCUUUGUCAAGAUAACAGACCAUAUUUUGAAAAAGAAAAAAAGGCAAUGUACACAGGUAGAAAAUCAGAAGACAUGAAUGAGAUGAGUGUAGCCCAUGGGAGAACAAGACAAAAUGAAUGCAACAGCUGGAAAUUAACACCUGCUACAAGGUGUCAGUCUUUGUCAGGUGCUGGUGAGAAAAUUCGUAGUAAUACUAACGGGAGUCCUUUUGUUGAGGAUCUGCCAUGUAGCGAUAACAUCAAAAUUAUUUCAAAUGUCACUGGAAAGCCGCAGAAGAGUGAACCAGUGAAAGAAUUACCUGUGGAUUUUCUUUUGAGAAUUUCUCAGAAGAUAGACCAACUAAGAGAGAAACCGAAUCAAACUCAUCACCAGCCCUUACAGAACAAACGUCAACAUGAUUUCAAUGAGAAACUGGAGAAAUUCAUAAAAAAAUACCACAAUACCAAUCUCAGAAGUGCUGGGUCACCACUAAAAGCUAAGGAACAAUGUCCUCUCGUUCUCCAUCGAGCACAAAGCAGUGACUCGCAAGUCUCAAAACACGAAAAAAGAGUAGGUGCCAAAGAGGGAAAUAUUAGCAGAAAGGCAGACUCUUGCAAGGAAGAUACACCACAAGGUAGAAAGAAUGUGAACAGGAAUGUGGAUAAUACUCUGAAAAGGAUCGAAGCCCCAUUAGAUGAGUUGCACAGGCGGUCCCUGAGGGAGUUGCAGGCGGAAGGAGAAGUUCUUCUAUCCAGCCUAAAGGGGGAAGGAGAGGGUGCCGUGGUUAGCAGUCACCAAUACUUUUCUACACUCCAGCCUGAUCAUACCAGGUUCCUCCUCAACCAGUUAUUGCGAAGGCGGGCCUCGAGCUAUGAUCGUCAAGAGGAUAGGCAGUACCGGAAGGUGUUGAUGCUUCAUGGCUUGGUGAAGGCGGCUAACCUCCUAAUUCACUACGGCAUCUGCUCCGCCACGCUAUGUCUCCGUGAGUUCCAGAACACCCAUCCUGUCCUCAUGCCAG